AUGGCAAUAUGGAGAAUUCAAUUAAUAGAAUGUCCUGGUGCUGCUCUUAGUUCCCCAGCUAUCGAUCGCCCAGUUCGGAAAAAGAGGAAGGUUGAUUAUAAAGGUGCUGAUGGCGAUGACUCGGGAGACAAGCCUUAUACAAACGCCGAUAGAUUAGCUCUGGCAAAUCGAGAUGUCAACCGCUUCCCCGUCUUCCAACCUAAGGAUAAAGACAAGGUCUUUAGGAAGGCUUUUAGCAUACCUCUAAUCAACAAGAACAACGGUUCCUAUAACCCCAAUCGUGCUCCGCCAACACUCGGCUUAAGACAGGGAGCUGUUUUUGUCGCCAAGCCUUUACACGAUCCGACUGGCGAGUUUGCUAUUGUGCUCCACGAUCCGACUGUCGACGAUAAGCCGAAGGUGACUAGCAAAUCAGAAGGUGAUGAACCCAAGGAUGCAACUCAAGAAAAGCUUGAUGCACCCUUGGUUCACAAGAGUCUAGCUGAGAUUCUAGGCAUCAAGAAGAAAGUCGACAAUGAGCAUCCUAGAGUGCCUGUCGUCAUCGACCCGAGACUCGCCAAAGUGCUACGACCACAUCAGAUCGAGGGUGUCAAGUUUAUGUAUAAAUGUGUCACUGGCAUGAUCGACGAGAAGGCCAAUGGCUGCAUUAUGGCUGACGAAAUGGGUCUCGGAAAGACGCUUCAAUGUAUCACACUUCUCUGGACUCUCCUGAAGCAAUCACCCGACGCCGGUAAGACGUCGAUACAGAAGGCUAUUGUCGCCUGCCCAUCUAGUUUAGUCCGCAAUUGGGCAAACGAGCUUACCAAGUGGCUUGGCGCCGACGCCAUCACCCCUUUUGCGAUUGACGGCAAGGCUUCGAAAGAGGAAUUAACUAGACAGCUUCGUCAAUGGGCCAUUUCAAGCGGUCGCGCAGUUACGCGACCAGUAAUCAUAGUUUCUUACGAGACACUUCGGCUGAAUGUUGAGGAGCUUAAGAAUACUCAAAUCGGUCUGAUGUUGUGCGAUGAAGGCCAUCGAUUGAAGAACGGAGACAGUCAAACGUUCACGGCUCUAAACAAUCUCAAAGUCACGAGGAGAGUCAUCCUUUCUGGUACACCUAUUCAAAACGAUCUUUCCGAGUAUUUCUCUCUGAUCAGCUUCGCAAAUCCCGGUUUGCUUGGUAAUCGACUGGAAUUCCGAAAGAGAUUCGAGCUUCCUAUUCUACGAGGCCGCGAUGCUGAUGCAAGCGAGCAUGAUCGUAAGAGAGGUGACGAGUGUCUGGGCGAGUUACUUGGCAUCGUCAACAAGUUUAUUAUCCGACGAACGAACGAUAUUCUAUCCAAGUAUCUCCCCGUCAAAUACGAGCACGUCUCCAGAUAUCCAAGCUCUCUUGCGUGGCAAGGGAAGUCAACCCCUCAAGGCUAUCACCCUCCUCAAAAGCUUUGCAAUCACCCAGACCUACUCAAUUUAUCAGAAGACUUACCAGGGUGUGAGAAGUUCUGGCCCGAGGACUAUGCGCCAAAAGAUGCACGCGGCCGCGAUCGAGACAUUAAACCAUGGUACUCGGGGAAGAUGCAAGUGCUUGACCGUAUGCUGGCGCGUAUCCGACAAGACACGAAUGACAAGAUCGUCUUAAUCAGCAAUUACACGCAGACCCUUGAUCUCUUCUCCCAACUCUGCCGACACCGCGGAUAUGGCCAUCUACGCCUCGAUGGUACCAUGAAUGUCAGCAAGCGACAGAAGCUUGUCGAUAAGUUUAAUGAUCCAGACGGAGGCGAGUUUGUGUUCCUGCUAUCCAGCAAGGCUGGUGGUUGCGGUCUCAACCUUAUCGGCGCCAACCGUCUCGUCUUAUUUGAUCCCGACUGGAACCCCGCCGCCGACCAGCAAGCGCUAGCCCGUGUAUGGCGUGACGGGCAGAAGAAGGACUGUUUCGUGUACCGGUUCAUCGCGACCGGAACUAUCGAAGAGAAGAUCUUCCAGCGCCAGAGCCACAAGCAAUCCUUGUCGUCGUGCGUCGUUGACUCGGCUGAAGAUGUAGAACGCCACUUCUCGUUGGACAGUCUACGUGAGCUGUUCCAGUACAGACCAGAUACACGAAGUGAUACGCACGAUACAUUCAAGUGUAAGAGGUGCAAACCCGAUGGACGGCAGUAUAUCAAGGCACCGGCGCUAUUGUAUGGAGACACGAGUACCUGGAAUCAUUUCUCCAAUAAGGAUCUCAAGCCUAUACAGGAUUUGCUGCUGCGCCAGGAGUGUGGGGAGAACGAGGUUUCGGCUGUGUUCCAGUAUAUCUCGCAUUAA